AUGAGCAAAGGCGCGGCGGCUGGGGGAGCCAAAGGCGGGAAGAAGAAGGGAGUGACCUUCGUAAUCGAUUGCUCGAAGCCGGUGGAGGACAAGAUCAUGGAGAUCGCCUCGCUCGAGAAGUUUUUGCAGGAGAGGAUCAAGGUCGCCGGCAAGCCCGGCGCCCUCGGCGAUUCCGUCACCGUCACCCGAGAGAAGAACAAGAUCUCCGUCACCGGCGAUGCUGCCUUCUCCAAGAGGUAUCUCAAGUAUUUGACAAAGAAAUACUUGAAGAAGCACAACGUGAGAGAUUGGCUUCGAGUGAUUGCUUCCAACAAAGAGAGGAACGUAUAUGAGCUGCGGUACUUCAACAUUGCCGAGCAAGAAGGAGAGGAAGAGGACUAA